CAUCGCGGCAUGGUAUCAUAGUGCGUUGCGUGUGUGUGCUUAUAUGUGUAUAGGUGUGUAUGUAUGCGUGUCACGAUUCGAGAAUGAUCAUGACACACGGGGCGUACACACGAACCCGGAUCGCCGCGAAACGCGGGUUCACAGCGGUGUCGUCGUUUCGCGACCCAAAGACAGUUUCGCGUCGUGCGCGCUUUGACGCGCGCAUUCGGCGCACCUCGCCGAUUCGCGCUCGCUCCGGUAAGGAAAGAGAGUGUGAAUAAAAAACGAACGUAUGCUAUACUACACACGUCGAUGAUAGUACACGUGUACAGGUUUGCGACCGCGUGUGUGUUGUGCGUAUUGAACCGCAUUAUCACUUUGAACGAUACGCGGAUGACUUUUGCCCGACUCGUUGAUACGCGCUCGAUUCGCUCGAGCCACGCUGCAAUCUGACAGAGGCCGUGAUCAUGUGAUCAUGGACAACGAAAGCAGUAACAACGACAGUGGUAUCAGCGGCAGCAUCAGUGACGAAUCGCGCGACAGUAACACGCCCGUUCUACCGAGACACAGUAAUGCCACCCAGAACAAACACGGUAGACAAGCCGUACGUAAAAUGAGUACAAUGCCGGAAGAGGAGGACAUCAUGUCCGACGACGCGGAUCCGGACGUGAUCAAGAUCGGCCACCAGCAACAGAAACGCUCCGAGAUCGAACCCGAGUGGACCUCGGAGGAGAGAAGUCGUUUGCUAAAUUCCGCUGGACGUAAAAUCGUCAUCGCGCCGACAAGCGCGAGCAACGGCAAUGCGAGAAGGACGAUUAAUCGCGAUGACAGUAUCGAGACUGUUCAGGAUCGAGUUCAUCCGCAGUGGUCGCAGUCACGACCGCUGAUCGCGGAUCAGAUUGAGUCCAGGUCGAGCCCGGGUCGUGACAACGGACCGCAUAGUCCCGGCAGACUGAGCGUCAAAAGCGUCGAUCAGCAGCACGCGACGCGGCAAUAUUAUUGUUCCAACGCGCGUUCGCCGAGGACACCCGUCAUUAUAAACGAGAAUCAGCAACAGUGUCCCUGCUGUCAUCAGCCAUCGCCCGUCUGGGCUUCCAUCCUAUACGCGGACUCGGCGAACGAGAUGCAGGCCCGCACGUUCCCCGACACGAUCUCGAUCAGGUCCCUGGCGUCGAUCGGUCUGGGCUCUUCCGAUGGCCGGAAGCUCACAAUACGUAGAGUUCCCACAUCGCCGUCGGAGCUGCUUAACGUGGUACAUCCGCCGCCCUUCGAGGACGAUCUUUCCACGUGCACUAGUUUCGACGACGGAGAUGCGGAUGAUCCCGGCGAUUAUCGACAACCCAGAAGGCCUCAUUGGGCAAAUAAAGUGCAAUUCGUGCUGGCCUGCAUAGGCUACUCCGUCGGUCUCGGCAACGUCUGGAGAUUUCCCUACUUAUGCUACAAAAGCGGCGGCGGUGUGUUCCUCGUGCCUUACUUUUUAAUACUCGUAGUAUGUGGAGUACCAUUGUUGUACAUGGAACUCAGCAUCGGGCAGUUCACUCGUCGCGGCCCAAUCGGCGCUUUGGGUCAAGUAUGCCCGUUAUUGAAAGGAGCUGGUUUGUCGUCGGUUGUGAUAUCGUUUCUGCUAUCAACCUAUCAUAAUGUGAUAAUAGCCUACGCAAUUUAUUAUUUCUUUGCGGCGUUUCGAGCGGAGCAGCCAUGGUCACGUUGUGACAAUUUAUGGAACUCGCCGCGUUGUUGGCUGCCCAGUUAUGGAGUCGAUAAUCGAACUCGACCGAACUCAACAAGAACACCGUCCGAGGAGUUUUUCGACAACAAGGUCCUGCAAAUUAGUAGCGGCAUUGAAGAACCGGGGGUUUUGCGAUGGGAGCUUGUGGCCUGUUUGAUAACCGCGUGGAUUAUGGUAUAUUUUUCCAUUUGGAAAUCCAUUAAGUCAUCAGCGCAAGUGAGGUAUCUCACAGCAACGCUGCCUUUCCUCCUAAUCGUGGUCUUCCUCACGCGUUCUCUCACUCUAGAAGGUGCCGCGAAAGGUCUACAAUUCUUUUUUCAUCCACGCUGGGAAUUGCUCGGCGAUGCGAAGGUCUAUAAUGCUGCGGCGCAAGUCUUCAAUUCCGUAGGCAUCGCUUUUGGCUCGAUG